UAUCAAGUUAUUAGCAAAGUAGCAAAAGAUGAAGCAAAUAUAUUUGCUUUAAAAAUACUAUUCUUAGUCUAUAUAGAUAAAGUUGAACUAUAUUCAAGAGAAAAACUAACAACUCAGAACAGCAUUCAGAUAAAAAUAUUAGAUAUAGAAGAA